AUCUUCUCCGAUUAACUCCCUCAAGGAUUCCAGCCUCGCUCGCACAGUUUCAAGCUUUUUUGUUUACCUCUUUCUUGCAUCCUCACAGUUCGAUCUCUUCCUUCAUCUCUCAAUCUCUUCUCCAAUCGGUGCUUCUGAAAAGCUUCAACUUGGAAAUUUUGAAUUCCCAAGAUGCCGGCUGCGAGACCCAACACAUCAGACAGAGAUGGUGAACCAUUUGUUGAAGUUGACCCUACUGGACGGUUUGGCCGAUAUGAUGAUCUGCUUGGAGCUGGUGCAGUUAAAAAGGUUUAUCGGGCAUUUGAUCAAGAGGAAGGUAUAGAGGUGGCAUGGAAUCAGGUGCGGUUGAGGAAUUUUAUGGAAGAUCCAAUACUCAUCAAUAGGCUUCAGUCUGAGGUUAAGCUGUUGAGAUCAUUAAAGAACAAGUAUAUCAUUGUUUGCUACAGUGUUUGGUUGGAUGAAGACAAAGGAAAACUAAAUUUUAUCACUGAGGUGUGUACAUCUGGAAAUCUACGAAAUUACAGGAAGAAGCAUCGCCAUGUUUCCUUGAAAGCCUUGAAGAAAUGGUCAAAACAGGUACUCGAAGGGUUAGAGUAUCUCCAUACACACGACCCAUGCAUCAUUCACAGAGAUCUCAAUUGUAGCAACAUCUUCGUUAAUGGGAACAUUGGCCAGGUGAAAAUUGGGGACCUUGGCUUUGCGACAAUGGUGGGGAAGAGCCAUGCAGCGCAUUCAGUGAUUGGCACACCAGAGUACAUGGCACCAGAGCUGUACGAGGAGGAUUACACUGAGUUGGCGGACAUAUACUCAUUUGGAAUGUGCUUGCUAGAGAUGGUUACAACAGAGAUACCCUACAGUGAAUGUGACAGUGUGGUCAAGAUAUACAAGAAGGUGACAAGUGGAGUGAAGCCUCAAGCCUUGAACAAGAUAGCAAAUCCAGAAGUGAAGGUUUUUAUUGAGAAGUGCAUAGCUGAGCCAAAGGCUAGACCUUCGGCCUCUGAGCUUCUCAAGGAUCCUUUCUUUUUUGAACUCAAUAAUGAUGAUGAGUCGGAGAGCUCAGAUGCUUAUGCUUGAAGAUCUGUGACGUUUCUUUGAAUCAAUGCUACCCGAUAGUUAGGUUUGUAUUGAUGGAAGUAUAAACCUAAAAAAAUACUACCCCACAAGCUUUGUUAUAUCUAAAAUUUUAAAACCCUGACAGAAAAUAACUUUGGAAAUCUCCAACCUAGUUGUCCUGCACCUGUAUCUCAUUGAGACUUUUAAUUCUGAUAUUCGCCUUCCUUUACUAAAAAUGAAAAAAAAAAAAAGAUCAUUUGUAGUCAAA